AUGAUUGCACCUUUGUCCAAAAUUCAUUCAAACUCUGAGGAAGUGUUUGAUUUUGUUGUGAAUAAAGGAUAUGAAGUUAAAGGCCUAUGUGAUAUAGGAAUUAAAGCACUUCCCAAGCAAUACAUUCAACCACUCGAAGAACGAAUCACUACGAGCAUUGUAAGAACCGAUGAUUCAAUCCCAAUAAUUGAAGCAUCCAAUUGGGAUGAUCCAAAGGUGGGUUAUCAAAUUCGCGAAGCAGCACAAAAUUGGGGCUUGUAUCAAGUUAUCAAUCACGGAGUUCCUAUUGAAGUUCUUGACAAUAUAAAAGAGUCGACCCAUCGUUUCUUCAAUUUACCAACUAAUGAAAAAAAGAAGUAUACAAAAGAGAAUUCAAUUUCAAGUAAUGUGAGGUAUGGAACAAGCUUUACUCCUGAAGCUGAGAGGACAUUGGGCUGGAGAGAUUAUCAUUCUCUUGUUUAUAUUUCUGAUGAUGAAGCUACUUCAUUUUGGCCUUCUUCUUGCAGGGAAGAAGCACUUAAGUACUUGAAGAGUUGUGAUACGAUAAUAAGGAAUAUUUUGAAGUUGCUAAUGGGAGUAUUGAAUGUAAGAGAUAUUGAUGAAGAAAAAGAGGAACUUCUGAUGGGUUUAAAGAUAAUAAACUUCGAUUACUAUCCAAAAUGUCCUAAUUCAGAGCGUUCAAUUGGAGUAGGACGUCAUUUUGAUGUCUCAACAAUCACUCUUCUCCUUCAAGAUUAUAUCGGUGGGCUCGAUGUGAAAAAAUACGAGACUAAUGUUUGGAUUCAUAUCCCUCUGGUUAAGGGGGCUCUAGUAAUCAAUAUUGGUGAUACACUUCAAAUAAUGAGAAAUGACAAGUACAAGAGUGUUGAACAUUGUGUGAUUGCUAACGGGAGCAACAAUAGGGUUUCUGUACCCAUUUUCUUGCAUCCAAAUACAACACGUGUUAUUGGUCCUUUAAAAAAAGUGCUACGGAAUAGGGAGAAACCAAUUUACAAACAAAUCCUUUAUGCAGAUUACACCAGCAUCUUCUUCAACAAAGGUCAUGAUGAAAAGGACAUAAUAGAGUUGGCAAUGAUUUAG